CGGAUUUCGGCGGCGGUUCCGCGUCCACUCGAUAUCCCGGAGCGCUGCCAUCCGGUGCCCCAUCCAGACGUUCCGGUAGAUGGUCGGGCCGUUGCGAGACCUCGCUGAGGAUCGCUGGGCCAGUCCCGCCGGUGAAUUCGCCACCAGGAGUCGAUUCGGGGAAUGCCCUCGGCGGAUGUUCGAGUGCCUGGUGUUUGAUCGACCGACCGCCCCCGCCGCCCCGCCAUGUUGGCGCGCAGCACGUCCUCCCGCCGCCGGCGCGCCUCCCGCAGCGCCGCCUCCUCGCCGCAGACGCGCGGCGUCCUCGCCGCCACGCCGGCCGGCCGCCGCGCCAGCAUCGCCGUGAGCCCCGCCGAGCCGGACCACCUCCGCGCCCGCCUGGCGCCCGACCCGGCGCGCAGCCCCCGCCACUCGCUCGCGCCCGAUCCCGCCGACGGGCAGCCGCUCAAGGACCUCGGCAAGCCCGAUCGCGGCGCCCCCCGCCUGGCGCCCGACUUCGACAGGAGCCCCAGGAACAGCCUGGUGCCGGAGAGCCAGAAGAGCCCCCGGCACAGCCUCGUCCCCGGCGACUACCGCGAGUACCCCCUCAGCCCGCGGAACGGCGUCCCGACGCCCGAGUACAACCGCAGCCCGAGGAACAGCCUGGCGCCCGGCCACGACCGCAGCCCCAGGCACAGCCUGACGCCCGAAUCGGGCGCCUACGCCUCCAAGUUGAGCGUCUCCGGCGAGUUCAACCGCAGCCCCAGGAACAGCCUGGUGCCCGAGAGCGUGCGCUCGUCCAGGCGGAGCCUCUCCGAGACGCCCCCGUGGAGGCCGGAGGAUCAGGGUUUGAGGGGCCACCGGCACCUGGUGGAGGCGCCGAAGAAGCUCCACGAGCACGGCUCGGAGGAGAUCGAGCCGCGGGAGAAUCGCAGCCCUCGCGGCAGCCUUGCCAGGACCAAUGUGGAGGAGUGCGACAGGAGGAGCCCCCGCGGUAGCCUCACCUUGACCUUCCAGGAGCCCCUGGCUGUCGAGCGAAGGGCCAGCACGGACAAUGCAGGCGCCCGCGCCAGGAGCUCGUCGCCGUACAGGUCGAGGAGCACGGCCGGAUACUCGGGAGGCUAUGGAUACGCCGAAAACGGGUCCAGGAGGGCCAGCAGCUCCGUCAGCCAGGUAUCCGGCGACGAGCAGCGUCGUUUGUGCGUCGACCACAACAAUACGGACGCGCAAAGCGUGAAUUUAGCUCUAACUCUGACCACCUACGGCAGCGUCGCCUAUCAACUCAAAGACGCGAAUUUGGAGGCGAGCGGCACCUGCGACUUCGUCUGCAAGGCUUUGGACAUCGUUAAUAAGACUGCUAUAGUAACAAUUACGCUGGUGUGUUUGGCCAUUUUGCCGAUACUUAUGCUCAUCAUGGGCAUCCAAUUCCUGCGCGACUGCCCGAGGGAGCCCAACAUCCCCAUCUACAUGAUAGUGGGCGGCAGCGUGGGCAGCGUCAAGAUGGCCCUGACUCUAUGGUCGCAGUUCCACCAGAGGCCGCCCAAUUCGGGCGUCCGCGACGCCACGACGACCGUCUCGAAGAUCGCCUCCUGCUCGCUGACCGCCCUGCUGUUGGGCUGGUUCUCGCUGGGCAACUACUGGAUCUUCAACGUUCUGUGGCCCGAUUACGCGCCGACGCUGUUCGAGCCGAACAAAUGGUGCCACAAGACGCUGUACGUGUUCGCCCUGGUCCAUUUGGGCGUCGUGUACGCCCUGUUGGGCGCCGUCGCGGCGCUCGUCGUCGCCCUGGCCGCUUGUCAAUUAUUCGGGUGCGCCUGGCUGGGCCCGGCCAGGUACAAAUAGCAUCACCAUCCGCCGGAUUAUUUCGAAUUGUGGGACCUACCGAGGACUUAUCACUGAUUUGCUCAAAAACAAAAAAAAAGUCGUUAAACCUAAAUAUGUCGUAUACAGGGUGUUUUGAGAAAAAAGAUUACGCUUUUUUUAGGUGAUAUAGGUAGUAAUAGAGUUGCUGGAUGUUGGUUGAUUGAUUGAAUGGUUGGUGAUAUUGGGAAUUGGGUAAGUUUCAUCAUCAGGGUAGAGGAGGUUUGUAUAGCGAAUUUCGUCACGAAACGCCUUGUAUAUAAUAAAUAUAUUAUAUAUCAGUAGGUGUGAUAUUACGGGAGUUCUGUACGAUUUUGUUAGGUAAAUAGAGCUUAAAUUGUCAAUGUAAGGCUUCUGAUAGAUCUUCGUAAAGCUUCUUAAAUAUAUCGAACAGGAUGUAUACCUACUUAGAAGAAAAAAAAUCAUAUUUUUUGCUGUAAAAACACGAGAACUCUCGUAAUUUUGCCACCGUUUAUAUUAGAAAUGGAGAAAUAUAUAUAUGUAUAUAAAUUGUGUUGCUUCCAAUUUCUUUAAAUUUUUACUAUAUUGUUUAUAAUCAAAAAUAUAUUUUGCAUUAUGUAUUUGCACAUUGUGUAUAUCUAUAUUAUAUGAAUAAAUCGUAUCAAAC